UUGUGUUUCAGCAACUAUUCUUGUAACGUUUUCAUGGAAAGUAGCAUCUCGGUCAAUCAAAUGGUUUUGUUUGUGAUUCAUGUCAGGUCUCUACUUGGUUCUUCACAAACGUUCAGUGUAUCAGGCCUUAAAGAGAAGGUCCAUCACAUAGAGAACUUACAGCAGCUCUUCACCUGCAUCCUUCCUGAGCAGAUUGACAUCCCUCCUUUCGUCCUGGAGUAUGACACACGGGUUAACAGCCCCUAUUACACGGCUCAGUCCUCAGGCCUGUGAUGCUGCCAGAUAAACCCAGAAGCGAGGAAAGAACCUGCUUCUUCUCACCGGGCUGAAACUCAACCCCGAUGACCCGACUCUGAUCUCUCAUCUUUGCCAUUCCUGACUGGCAAGUUUUCUCUGUGACAGUGAGAGAGUGUCAAUCAAUAAUGCUGUAUAAACACAUCCUGCUUAAACCUGCUGAACGUGCCACAGACCUGUACCAAACCCAGAUGUCACUGAAGGAACCGCCUGCCUGACCCAAGCUGUUUUGGAGCAAGGUAUGCGUGUGUGGUGUAGAUGAAGAGACUGAAUGUGAAACACAUGUACCAGUGUCUGCGUGAAUAAUGGCUGGAAAUAGGCGAAACCAUUCUGGUUUUAAUUUCUUAUGUCCUUGGCCAUCCAAUCAUCCGAAAGCCUCAUAUUUUGCUGUCUAAGCUGUUUUGUUGUUUCAUGUCAUUCUGUGUCUGCAAAGUCACUAUAAGGAGUAGCGCUUUACUUUUUUAUCUUGAUGCUCUCUUUUUUUUUUCUCACCACAAGCACUUUUUACAGCUUUAUCUCAGGUGCCAAACAACUAUCACUACAGUUUCUUAGGUUUGACAGGAAGCAACUUUUCCUCGUGUGUGUGUGUGUGUGUGUGAGGGAUGUGCUUUCACAAAGAUUGCUUUGUGCAGCUCUAAAAUCAGGUUGGCCUGUUGAGCUUUCUAUUAGCCUUUUAAUAAUAGUAUUUUCCUCUGUUCCUUUCAAUACGAUACAAUAUGGUUCUUGAAGCUCGAUCUGAGGUAGACUAAAAUCUUGCAGUGUGCCAGUUUGUGUUUCAUUUGAAGCAGAUUUACAAGCAUGGCCGAAGGAAUGUCCCAAACAGAGAGCUGAUCUCAGAGUGAAGCACUGUAAAUAGAUGAUUGUAGUUACUGCAGAUGCUGUCUAUUAUUCAUUCAGUUUUUCAGCCCUUAGUGUAGCUGUGCAUUGAUUCUUGUUAAAUUUUGUACCAUUUUAAAUGAAGUAUGACGUAUGAAUUAUGAAUUAUGAUGAUGGAGAAAAAAGAAUAAAAGAAUAUGAACAUUUGAUGUUAUCUUUAA